AUGAACUCCAUUUUGCAUACCUGUACGCAUACCAAUGACAGCUCAUUGCUUAGAAUGACCGACGACCAAAUGUUCGGUGCCAUAUUUGCCUACAUCGACCAUCUGUUCAACAUCAUCAAGCCGCAGAAAGUGUUCUACAUGGCCAUUGAUGGAGUUGCUCCUAGAGCAAAAAUGAACCAGCAGCGUGCUAGACGGUUCCGAAGUGCGAUUGAGGCCGAACAGAAUUUGGAGAAAGCUAUCAAAGAAGGAAAAGAGAUUCCUAAGGAGCCCCCUUUCGACUCCAACGCAAUUACUCCUGGUACAGAGUUUAUGGCCAAAUUGACGGAGAAUCUGAAAUUCUACAUUAAUCAGAAAGCUUCCUCGGACUCGAGAUGGCAGAAUAUGCGUAUCAUUCUGUCUGGCCACGAAGUGCCCGGCGAAGGAGAGCACAAGAUCAUGGACUUCAUCAGAACACAGAAAGCUCAACCUGACUACGAUCCUAACACCAGGCACUGUGUCUACGGGCUGGACGCCGAUCUGAUCAUGCUGGGUCUUGUCGCACACGAACCGCACUUUGCUUUGUUGAGAGAGGAAGUGACCUUUGGUCCGAAAGCUAAUUCUCAUUCCGACGACGACCUUACGCAGCAGACAUUCUUUUUGCUCCAUAUCUCGCUGGUCAGAGAAUACAUGGAGCUGGAAUUCCAGGAUCUGCAAGAUCAACUUUCAUUCGAGUACGAUUUUGAGCGUAUCAUUGACGACUUCAUUCUCAUCAUGUAUGUGAUAGGAAACGACUUCUUGCCGAACUUGCCGGAUUUGCAUUUGAACAAGGGUGCUUUCCCGCUUCUGAUAGAGACUUUCAAGGAAGCCAUCAGAGAUAUGGACGGAUAUAUCAACGAGUUUGGAACCAUCAAUCUCCAGAGGUUCGGAAAGUGGCUGGAGUAUUUGUCCGUUUUUGAGCUGGAGAAUUUUGAGAAAGGAGAGGUCGACGUUGAGUGGUUCAACAAGCAGCUUGAUAAUAUCUCGAAGCAAGGAAUGAAGAAGAGACUGAGACAGGGCAAGGAGCUACUGCUUAAGCAGCAGAAGAAGUUUGUUGGUCUUGUGAGAGAAUGGAUAUAUCGCGUCUAUUCGGAGAAGUUUGACGUCAAAGCCAUGCUAGAAGACGAAUCUAAAGUUCCUGAGCUUCCUCUUCCGCGUGACGUGUUUGAAAGUGAGAUUAACAGAGACGUGAUUGCCAAAUUCCUGUUUGAACUCGGUGUUGUGGUUGUCCACAGCAAGUCUCAAGACACAUACACUGCUAGAUUGGAUGUCGAUGGCAUCAAUCCUGACGAGACUGACGAAGAAUUCAAUGAACGAGUGGAAGGGAUCAGAAGAGUGAUCAAGAAGUACCAAAGCUCCAUUGUCGUGGAGGAUGAAGAAACGUUGGAGUCGCAAAAAGACCUUUACGAUGCUAGGUUUGUCAAAUGGAAAAAUGAAUAUUAUAAAAACAAGGUCGGGUUCUCUUUGAAUGACGAGGACAAAAUCAGAGACAUGGCUGAGAAUUACAUUGAAGGAUUGCAAUGGGUCUUAAACUACUAUUAUAAAGGAAUUUCGUCCUGGCCUUGGUAUUACAGGUACCACUAUGCUCCCCGUAUUUCUGACGUUAGCAAAGGUUUGAAUGUGAAGAUUAGUUUUGAAAAGGGCCAUCCAUUCAAGCCCUUCCAACAACUGAUGGCUGUUUUGCCUGCCAGGUCUAAGCAACUGAUUCCAUCUGUCUACAGGCCACUCAUGACUGACUCGAACUCCCCAAUCAUAGACUUCUAUCCAGAUGAUUGUGAAGUCGAUAUGAAUGGUAAGAAAGCGCCGUGGGAGGCAGUUGUUCUUUUGUCCUUUGUCGAUGAGAAAAGAUUGAUUGAAGCGAUGACUCCGUUCGACUCUAAACUGAGCCCUGAGGAAAAACGAAGAAACUCCUUUGGCACCGACUUGCAGUUCCAUUUCAAUCCUCAAAUCAAGCACCUCAUCAAGUCUCCUUUGCCAGCAUCCUUCAGUGACUUUGAGUCUCACUGCACCGAGACCGAGUUCCAUCUUCCUUCACUUGAAGGCCUAAAGCUCAACUUUGGCUUGUGUAAGGGUGCUAAGUUUGGUAGGGAAGCAUUGGCUGGCUUCCCGUCUCUGAAAACCAUCCCAUGUCAAUACAACCUUGAGUAUGCCAAUGUCGUUGUGUUCCAACAGCCUUCUAAAGCCAUGACGUUGAUGUUGACGCUGGAAAAUCUGCAUAGUAGCCUGACUGUGGAGCAAUUCGCCAAGGAAUAUGUCGGUCAGAUUGUCUACACGAAAUGGCCGUUCCUAAGAGAGGCAAAGGUUGUCUACGUGACUGACAACCUUAUGAAAUAUGAGAAAGUGAAAAUGGGAUCUGUGCCGAAAGUUGUCUCGUCUCCAUUGGAGCCAUUCGAAAGAGACGAUUUUGAGAAAACCAGAGCUGUUUUGUACCAUAAACUCCAGACCAAUAAGGGUGUUCGUUUCCAAGCUGCAGGAGCUGGUGAAGAAUCUGAGGAGUCUGAAGAAAGCUCAAAAAGCUCCUCAACGAAGAAUCCUAUUGAAGGAUUAGUCUAUGUGAGAGCUGUCAACGGGCUCAUCAGAAACGAACAGGGAGCCUUUGUGAAAACGUACGCCAAAGAGAUCGAAUGCUACCCUAUUCAGUUAAUAGUGGAUGAGGUUAUCAACAAGGACGCAAGAUUUGAGGCAAGGCCUCCCGUUCCUAUAGAAGAGGAAUUUCCUAAGAACUCGACAGUUGUUUUCCUGGGUGCUUUCGCAUACGGUACUCCUGCAGACGUUAUUGGACACGAGAACAAUAAGCUCACAUUAAAAGUGUCGAGGAUCUCCAAGAAGGCAGAACCUAACUUUGGUGUUCUGAGAGCACAGCACGAGAAAAAAGCUAUCAGAUACCAUCCGUCGUCGACUGUCGCCAAAAUCCUGAAAUUUUCUCCACUGUUCCUAUCCAAGCUGACGUCUUCGUAUGCGGUUGAAGGGCCGGGUGGCAGAAGAUACGACAUUGGCCUUCCACUGAAGUUUGAGGGUAAGAAGAUGAAAGUUUUAGGAUACACAAGAAGGAAUGAUAGAUACUGGGAGUACAGCGAUCUGGCAAUCAGCCUGAUUCAGGAGUACAUGAAAAAAUUCCCUGAUGUUUUCAAGGCCCUGAUGGAACACAAGGGAUCAUCUAUUCCGAGCGCCAAGGAGAUUUUCAAGAUUGCUGAGCCGGACAAGCUGAGGGCCAAGCUGGAUGCUGUGCAGUCGUUCCUGAAGGAGAAAAAGUCCUCGUUUGUCACUGUGAGCUUGGAAUCUGAAUCGUUCACGAAAAUUGGCGUUGCAGAGCUCGAACAACAGAUCAUUGACUACGUGGCAAAGCCACAGCCUUUGGAUACCAAGGGAAUCAAGGGAAUUCCACGGAAUGCUGUUUUGGCUCCGUCACAGUCGUUCCAGCUGCUCAAAAAACAGCACUUUUCUCUUGGAGACCGUGUUGUGUAUGUCUUAGACUCGGGCAAUGUUCCUUUGUUUUCGAAGGGAACGGUGAUCGGGAUCAGAUCGCUUGAGUCCAAGGUCGAGCUGCAAGUACUCUUCGACCAGCCUCUGUUGACAGGUAACACCUUUGGUGGCAGGCUGAAGACUCAAAGAGGACUGACGCUGGAUUCCUCUGUGUUGCUGAACUUAACUGACAAACAGUUUAUCUACCACUCGAAGGCCUCCUCCAAGACUGCUCAGGGGGAUUUGAGCGAGGUCAAGAAGCGUUACUUGCUGAAGAAGAAACAAGAAAAGGAGAACGAACUCAGAAGCAAGAAGGAAUUGCUAAAAGUGAUCAAGAAGAGCGACACUCAGGGCGAGACCAAGGAUUCUGCGGACUCAUCUCUCCCAAGCCUCUCCAAGAAGAACGGAGUGGCUCAAAACGUGUUCAACUCAGUUCUGGGGAACGUGAUGCAGCCAACUGCUCCUCUGAGAGGUCCUCACUCCAUGAUGGGCGUUCCUCCAGGACUCCCGCUACCUGUGUCUAUGCCUGCUAACACCAACGGCUCGCAGGAACUCAUGGGCAUGCUUAAUAACCAGAAAACACGGAACUCUGCAGGCAGGCCUGCAAGCAAACCGGCCAGUAAGCAGGCCAACAGAGCAACAAAGAAGCCUCAGAAUAAGCAGAAACCAAAGGUGGCGAAAAAAGAAGAGGCUUGA